UCAUGCGCGAGUAUAUUUUGCAAUAAACUGUUUGUUAUUCGAUAACGGAAACCGAGUGAUUAAACGCGUGGUUUUUGUUCGUAAACACGCUUUAGAGUAAUUCAUAUCUAAUAAUGCAACAUGCUUUGAACCGGGCCUAGCUUCGCGCUGUUGCUAUGGUGAGCGGAUGACGCCGCGCCACCGGAACAAUCGGCGUGCGUGUUGUUCGUUUGCUAACUAACGCACAAGUUUUGACUUUAUUUGAUUUUUUUCCCCCCGAAAAGCGUUAUAGUGCAUACCAAGUAGCUUUUUGCAGUUGCUGGUGAAUGUAUCUGACAGUGCACGCCGGGUAUACAAGCGCUUAGUGGUUUUGGAGUUAAUACUUACUGCGAUAUUUUUUUAACAACGAUGGCUUUUUAUGACGUUUACACUCAUCCCGCCGUAAUAAGAUACAGAACACGCGUCUGCACCAGAGCAACGCUAUUUGUGUGUGUGGUUUUAUGCCUCACGUAUGUUUCACCUCUUCUGGUGGCUUACAGAAGUCAGGGUUUCUGGCUGAAGAGGAGCACAUACGAAGAGCAAGCAUUUGUUCAGUUCCAGUAUGAGAUGAUUGUGAUCGGAGCAACCGACGCGGCAGGGAGUUACGUAGCGUGGAGCACGUUUCCCAACUUUAAUCGACUGAUAGGAGAUAGUUUGCGCAUCCCAAAUGUCUCUGUACAGGAGAAGGACAUUGACCAGGAUGGGAAAUCUGACCUCCUUACUCUCCAAAUUGAUAUCCCACUCAAGCCAGAAGAACAGAUGUUCAGCAUUCAGCUUCUCCUCACUUUUUCAUACCAGCUGUUUCGAAUGUCUACGGUCGUGAUGCAGACGCUUGCCUUUGCGCAGCAUUCGUCGGCUGUGCCAGGAUCCCAGCUCUUCAUCUCCGGAGACCUGAAGCUAAACCAGCGAACUCCUCUUCCUCACCGAGGUUUGCAUACUGCCUACAACGUAUCCCCGAUCGAUGCGUCCAGCCCGUUUGCAAGUACAUAUGACCUGGCCAACAUCGUUAGACUCUACCAGCAGAGAAACCUGAGCGCUCGCCUCUCCGGUGUCGUUCCCGUGUGGACGCUGGGCAGAGCGGCAGAUUCUCCGUUCCAGAUCAAUGCCCAGAUCAACUAUCCAGUGGAGACCAUUACUUAUCAGCCGGGCUUCUGGGAAACCAUCAAGUUUGCCUGGAUCCAGUAUGUCAGCGUCCUGCUCGUAUUUCUUUGGGUUUUCCAGCGCAUCCAAACAUUCGUCUUUCAAAACCAGGUUUUACCAACCACCACGGUGCAGCCGUUCAAACAGCACAGCUCCUGAGAUUUUUAUGAUUAUUGUUAUCGUAAUUUUUUUUAUCGUACAAUUAUCAGGACCUCAAUUUGCCGUCAGGAUCUAGCGCUAGUGGUUUUUUCUUCUGUGUACAUAGUCAGCUUUGUUCAGUUCAAGUACAUUCAUGAGUAAUUCCCACCAGGAUGCUUGUGGAGUCUCUGGUUUUUCUGGUUUUUAAAGCGCUUCAAGUUCUGCCGCAUACUGCGCAAAAUAUGGCUCUGUGGAAAUAUUUGAACCAAAACCUUAAACAAAGCUUGUGAUUAAAUUCAGGUUGGAUGAAACAACCUCAAAGGUGCUGAUGUUUUUAAAUCCACAGAAACCGUGAAAAGACCUUGAGGUGUUUAUUGAGAAGGACAUUUUUAUGCAUUUCUGAUUCCACUUGGAGCAUGACUAACGGUCGAUGUCUAAUCAGUCCUGUGAAUCACUUACGUUUCACAAUGUCAGCAUGGUGUUUUGUAACGUGCUUUCGGUUUGGGUAUUUCAUGUAGCCGUUCGACAAUAAAUAACAUGAUAAACAUUA